AUGACUAGCUUUGAACAAUGUCUACAACUUCAGUCUGUUACAAUUAUUGUUGCAAACGAAAAAACAUCAGUCUUAUUCACAUCUAGUCAGACCGAGUGGAAAGUAACUGCAAGAACAUUGUGUUCAUCAAAAAGGCUGGCACGAAAAUGUGCGGCGAGUGGUCAGAAAUCUGGAGCACUUCAUUAUAACUGUUCAACAUUUUCAGCCAGACAACUUAGAGUUGAACUAUCAGCUGGUUUUAGCAUUUGUCAACUAAACAUUUACGCCUAUCCAGUUGCUCCAGUCUUUCCUGCUAUGACCUCACAGCCAUCCACAGUAAACACUCAACAUUCUGAACAGAAUCAUGUUUAUCAGAUUGGAGAAACUGCUCAUGUGUUAUCUGGCCACGAUUUUAUGCUUUCUUGUAAUGCAUUUGGUCAUCCAACUCCGUCAUAUCAGUGGCAUACCCUUUCUCCCAAGAAAACACUUAAAAGUUCAAGUAAUGUAAAAGUCAAUGGCAACACACUCACUAUCACAGAUGUUCACAAAUCUAAUGAAACUGAGUACAAGUGCACUGUCAACAAUAGUAACGGCAUGACUGAGCGAACUUCUGAACUGAAAGUGUACGGUGGUAAAGUUUCGCCAGAUCAAGUGUGGAUAAAAAUAGUAGACACUCAGCUGUUUCCACUACUAUCUUAUGGUGGUCACCUCUGGAAUAUUGACAAAGCUUCUAUAGCAAGAACUGUAGACGUAGCUUAUCGGAAAGGAAUUCGACGUGGUUUUAGAAUGACGUCAAAAGAUUCAAUACCUGUUAGAACUAGAAUGAUUACUUUCUUUUCUGUGUUGCAGAAAGAAGGAAAAAAGGAUCACUACGCUUGUCGCAUCAACACCUAUGACGUCCAAUUUCGUCAGAUGGAUAACGAUGACGACUUUAUAACCAGAGUUUCCAAUACAGAUUUAUUUAAGCUGGACCAUCUGAUUCCAUUCACUUCUUAUGAAAUCAAAGUAAAUGUGACUUUUAACCAAUCUUACUGCAGUUCAUAUUCUGAUGUAGUUGUUGCACCAUCUCCUCCAAGACAGAUCAGAGUUCAGUCUUUACUGGCAACUAGCGUUGUUCUGACAUGGAAGGCACCUCCUUAUGUCAAUGGAUCUCACCUCACAUAUUAUAUCAAUUGUACAUCCUCCAGUAGUACUAUGGUAACUUCAAAGACCAGCACACAAACAACUAUUACUUUGGUUGGUCUUACACCCUAUAUUCAAUAUAAAGUCAUAAUUCAAGCUGCUACUUAUGCCCAAAUCAAAGUCAGCUCUUCCAUUUGGCUAAAAAGUGUUCAUUCUAGAAUAUCAUUUACAACUCGUCAAGCAAGACCCAGUCCUCCAAUCAAUGUACAAGUUGACACAAUGUUAGCUUAUUCGGCUGUGAUCAAAACAACUAACACUACUGAAAGUCGCCUCACCAACCUCAAACCUUUCUCUAUUUACCUUCUAAUUGUGAGGGCUGUCAAUGUUGAAGGAUCCACUAAACUGGAAAGCAGUUGGAGCAGGCAAAUAGAAUUCCGAACUUUGUCAUCUAUUCCAAGCCAACCACGACAAUUGACUGCCACUGACAAACAAAUACAAUCAGUUCAUCUUAAGUGGCAAAAACCUUCUAAUCCUAAUGGAAUGAUAGCAAAAUAUGAGAUUAUUGUAGUGCAGGGAAAAGAUAUUGAUCCUAGUAGCUAUGAUAGCAAGAUAUUGUUUGUUAGCAAGACUGUCAGUUGGAGAAUCUCAGCUUUCACGGUAACUGGAUUGACAGAGUUAACACGAUACAGUGUGUGGCUUGUUGCAGUCAAUAUUCGACGAGCUGACAAAGCAAAAUUAACUAGUCCUCCAAGUCAAGUGAUAACAUUUGAUACAAAGGGUGGAGCAAAUACUGCUCCUCAAGAAAUUACGUCUCUCCAAGUGACUAGUAAUUCAGCUCUAAUCACUUGGCAGCAACCACUGUUUUCAACACCAAGAUCAGUUACUGCGUACUAUAUCAGAUAUUAUAAAUCAACAAAACCUGAUCACAACAGAUACCCGCAAAAUACAAGGGAAAGAAGAUUCAAUCUUACUAAUUUGGACAUUCAUACAGACUAUACAAUAGACAUAGCAGCUUUUGUGCGUCCUCUGUUGUCUCCUUAUGCAUCAUAUAAUUUUACAACUAAACAAGCUGCACCAAGUCCUCCACAGAGAGUAAAAACGAAUGACAUCGGAUCUAGAAGUGUAUCAAUAUCUUGGGCGCCGCCACUUCGUGCCAAUGGUGUGUUGAAGAAAUACAGAAUAUGUAUUCAGUCUGAUAACACUAGCCGACCCAAUAAUCUUAAUAAUGGCAAUAAAACAGUUUCACAGUUGCAGAGAGUUGUAACAAUCGGCAAAUUGAUUCCUUUCACUACCUACUAUGUUUGGGUUACUGCCAUCAAUGUGGAGGAUGGGCAAGAAUUAGAAAGCAAAUUUGAACGUCCCACUGAUUUCAAAACCAAUGCAGAAGCAUCAUCACCUACAAGGAAAGUUCGGUGCUUGAACAUCACUUCCCAUUCAGUCGUUUUCUCAUGGGGAAAGCCAGCCAAAGUUUAUGGAACUAUUGUUCAAUACAACGUGUCUUUAGUUUCCUUUCCAAAGCAAGAGAUUGUCAAAACAUACCUAGCAGAAAAACAUGAAAAUACUUCUUUUUUUCUUUUUGUUGACAAUCUUGUGCCCUAUACUCAAUAUGCUGUUACAGUUCAGGCUGGAACUCGUACUACAUGUUGUUCAACUUUACUGUGGAGUGAUCCCAACACAGAUGAAUCACAAGUCACGUUUACAACACAACAGGCUGCUCCUUCACGCCCAGCAAGACCAAGUGUUACAAAUGUUCUCUCUCGUUCUUGUCUAAUUAAGUGGAAACCUCCUGACACUCCUAAUGGUGACAUUCUGUUCUACCUAUUGUCCUUAUCUAAGGAGACUGACAAUAUUGAUCCAUCGAGAUCACAUAACACAUCAAACAUCGAUACAUUUAGACAUCCUGCAAAAAACAGCACUCUUCAAAUGAAGUUGUCUUCUUUAUCGCCUUACACAUCUUACGGAGCCGCAGUAACUGCAGUCAACGUCAUGAAUAAUGCAGAACUAAAAUCCCAACAGAGUGAACUAGUGAAUUUCACAACUGCAGAUGAAAAGCCUGCUGCUCCGUCAAAGUGUACUGUGAACAGACGAGAAGCAGACUUUAUAUUUAUGUCGUGGCAGCCUCCUAAACCAAAUGAUUACAAAGUUGCUUUCUAUUACGUUAACUACACAACUACAAGAGAGUCAAGAACAUUCUCAAAUAUUGUCUAUAGUUGCAAUACUAGCAUCAGCAAUUUAUCGCCCUUAACAACGUUCGACAUCACUGUCACUGCCGUUGUAAACAACACACAACUUCGGGAAGGAUUUCCUUGCCAUUUGAAAACUCAGACUAUUAUUGAAGUACUGAAAGUUUCAGAAAGACCGUUACUGCAUUAUUCAUCACCAGCCACUACCAUUGAUAAGGCAGCUACAGCUCGUUCUCCUUCAAAUAUACCCAAGCCUACAAACAUUCUUUCUCGUUCGGCUAACAUUCGAUUGAAUCUUCCAACAAAACCCAAUGGCGAUACCCAAUUUUACGUAUUGUCACUUUAUGAAAAGCUAGAUAUCAGUGCCUCGGAUGAGAAACCGUGGAAGUUUAACAAAGAAAUUCGUGCCAACGGCAGCACACGUCAGAUAAAGCUCACGGUUCUGUCGCCAUACACUUGGUAUAAAGUUUCAGUUAGAGCGGUCACAGUGUUUAAAGGAUCGAGUCAAAAAAUCCAGGAGACUAUUACCGUUAAAUUUCGAACGAGUGACGAAGCACCUACGGCUCCAUUUAAUUGUGAUAUCAAGAAAAGAAACAGCACAUCUAUUCGUGUGUCGUGGAACACUCUUUAUCCGUUUGACUACAAAGUAGAAUUUUACAAAGUAAAGGUCAACUAUGCAUCGAACAGAGACGUAACGGCUCAGUCGCUUUCAGUGUACGAUCAGUCCGUUCAACUAAGAAAAUUGCGUCCUUACACGAUGUAUGAUAUAACCGUCGUUGCUGUCACAAACAACACAAGAAUUCUUGAAGGGCCACCUUGCUAUUUGCAAACACGGACUACUUUGUCAGUUCGAUUUAGUAUCGAACAAUCCUUCCAACUGUACAGCCACGAAAACCAAUUUAACUUCUCUUCUUGUGAAAUGGAAUCCUUACUCUUUAAGAGACGACGCAAUUGCAUUCUAUCAAUUAACAUUUCAGUCUCAAUUCGAGACGAAAAUUGUCAAGACCAUACAGACGAGACUUCAAGAGGCGAAUCUUACACCUGAUACCAACUACAACAUCACAAUUAGUGCAAUUACAAACAACACGAAACUAUUGAGUGGGCCACCAUGUCAAUUGUUAGCAAGAACCGGCAAAAAGAAUAUUCAUGAGUCGAAGUCUACAGCAGCACCUCUUGUUAUUGCUGGAGUGUUACCCUGCUUGCUGGUGAUUGUUAUUAUUGUUGUUGCUGUUUGUGUCGUUCGGCAUCGCAAGAGAUGCUGCAACAAUCACAUGCAGAAGAACGAUGCCAAAGACACAGAAACAAAGACUCGUUGCUAUGAGAUACCAUCAAUUGCACAAACCACAC